AUGGAUUUCGCACAACAAGAAGAAAUGAUUAUGUCUAUUCUAUCCGUAAGUGGAGAAGUAUCCAGUGUCACCCUCCAGUCUGCAAUGGGUGGUGACCUUGUGACAUAUGAGGGUCAAUUUCACAUCAUCUCACUAUCAAUGUUAGUAGAAAGUAGUAGAACACGUACUCUUCACGUGUCACUGUCUAGUGCAGAUAAUUGUGUUAUUGACGGUUACGUUUUUGGAAUGCUCAUGGCUGCUACUCCAGUAGAGGUGGUUGUUAGAUUCAUUCCGGAAACGGAAGAGCCUGAGUCUAUGGGCUAUGGGGAUGCUCUCAAUGAUAGUCAUCUAGUUGAUCCUCCGACAACUAUGAUGGAAAUGAGUCACAUAUACCAAUGGUAG